AUGACUACAAUAUAUGGAGCUGAACCCAACCGCUACAAUCCCUAUAAUCCAAACAUCAACCAACCCGGUGGAUUCCCAUAUAAUCCAUUGAAUACCAAUCCUCUGGAUGAUCAAUUUAAAUAUAAUACAAACAGAGACCCAAAUAACCCAGAUGCUCUAUUCCCGGGGGUAUUGGGAGGAUGGAGAGAGGACUUACAAGGCAGAGAGAGAAGGGAUUCCAAACAGUUGAAAAGGGACAUUUUUGUGAACACUAACUUUGGGCAAGUUCAAGGAUUUAAGGUAUACUUAUAUGACAAUCCCGACCCAAAUUCCGGAUACCGGCCAUGGCUAACUCCUGUAGAGAGGAUUCAAGGAGAAGUGUCCGUGUUCCUGGGCAUACCAUAUGCAAGGCCACCAGUACUAGAAGGCAGAUUUAAGCCACCACGCCAGCACCCUGGGUGGCAGCUGAUGCAGGCGGUGGACUGGGCCCCGGCCUGCCCUCAGCCGGUGAGGUUUACCGGGGCGACUAAAGGCAUUCGGGAUAUGGACGAAGACUGCCUGUACCUCAACAUUUUCUCGCCCAAUACCGAAGCCGGUGCCACCGCGCAGAAGUACCCGGUCAUGGUAUACAUUCACGGAGGCCAGUUCUCCUCUGGUGCGUCCAACCUCUUCCCUGGGCAUAUGCUGGCUGCGUUCUACAACGUCGUGGUGGUGUCCCUGAACUACAGGCUGGGCGCUCUGGGCUUCCUCUCGACGGCCGACGACAACUCGCCCGGCAACUACGGCAUCCUGGACCAGAUGAUGGCGCUCCGCUGGGUCCGGGACAACAUCGAGCCGUUCAACGGGGACCCGGGCUCCAUCACGCUGUUCGGGCCCGGGGCGGGCGCCGCCUCGGCGGGCCUGCUCGCGCUGGCGCCGCAGACCAGCGCCAUCGUCAGCCGGGUCAUCGCCCAGAGCGGCUCCGCACUGGCCGACUGGGCGCUGAUCCAGGACAAGUUCCGCGCUCAGAACACGUCGCUGGUGUUCGGGCGGCUGCUCGGCUGCCCCAUCGACUCCUCGUGGAAGCUGGUCAACUGCCUCCGCCAGGGCAGGAGCUUCUACGAGCUGGGCAACGCAGAGUUCCAGCCCCAGGUGGGGUUCAUCCCGUGGGGGCCGGUGCUGGAGAACAACUUCACGUUCCCGGGCGACGAGUGGUACGAGGGCUGGCGGCAGCGCGACUGGCGCUUCCUGGACACGCCGCCAGAGCAGCUCAUCGAGCGGCGCGCGUUCAACCCUGCGCUGCGCUACAUGACCGGCGUCACCACGCAGGAGGCCGCCUACUUCAUAUACAACAACGAAACACUCGCGCCGAACUACGAGAUCAGCGAGGAGUGGUUCGAGCAGAAGGUGUGGGAGCUCGUCGCCCGCUACAACUACACGCUCAACCCCCGCGGCGUGUACGAGGCGAUCCGCUACAUGUACACGUACCACCCCGACCCGCACAACCGCACCGCGCUGCGCGACCAGUACAUAGACCUGCUCUCCGACUUUCUGUACCGCGCGCCGACCGACCGCAUGGUGAAGCUGCUGCUGCGGCAGCGCGUGCCCGUGUUCGCGUACGUGAUGAACAGCACGGUGGAGGCGCUGCGCUGGCCGCGCUGGCGCCGCUGCCCGCACGGGGCGGAGCACCCGCUGCUGGCGGGCGCGCCCUUCAUGGACGAGGAGCUGCUCCCGCGGCGGCUGCGCGUCGGCCGCCAGGCGUGGACGCCCAACGACCGCAACCUCAGCCACUUCUUCAUGAAGGCGUACGCCGACUUCGCCAGAUACGGCAACCCCACGCGCUCCCAGAUCCUAGGCCUGCACUUCGAAAUGGCCGAGGAGGGCCAGCUGCGCUACCUAAACCUGAACACCACCUUCAACUCGAGCAUCCAGCUGAACUACAGGCAGACCGAGCUCGCCUUCUGGACGGUGUACUUGCCCACGGUCAUCGGCAGACUGGUGCCCACAUACCCGCCCAUAACCGAGUACUGGUGGGAGCCGAAGCAGCCGCUCCAGAUCGCCUUCUGGUCGGUGUCGAGCGCCUGUCUCCUGCUGCUGGUGCUCCUGGUGCUCUGCUGCAUGCUGUGGAGGAACGCCAAGAGGAGUGCACCCCCCAAAUGGAAAAUGGUGCCAGUCGUGGAGACGGACCGCUUCUACAACGGCGACAUCUUCAUGGUGCCCGAGCUGGAGGAGGCGGGCAUAGACAACGCCAACCGCUCCAGAGACAACAUCUACGAGUACCGCGACGUGCCGGCCAAGAGGCCGCACACGCCGCAGACGCUCGCUAGGACGAUGAGCCAGCCGCAGACGGUGACGUCAUCGGAGGCGUGGUCCGGCUCCGCGCUGUCGCUGAAGGAGGGCGCGCCCGAGCCGGUGCCGCGCGCUCGCUCGCGCACGCAGAUGGUGCACGGCGUGCCGCAGACCACCGUC